GCUGCUGCUGCUGCUGCACUGGGAGCCGGGGUCAGUGCAUGCCAUCGGAAGGUGCCCGGGGGGCCACUGAGAGCGGCUGUCGGCGUGGAAGGAGGGGGAGGGGAAACGGAUCUCCUCCUUCCUGGAGAGACCUGGACCCGGUGGCGGCAGCAGUAGCAGUAGCUGCCUGACCUUCCCGUCCCUCUCCAGGGACCUUUCGCUGGUGCAGCGCGCGGCUGUGCUUGGGAGGUGCGCUCUCAAUGUCACGAUCGGUCCAUGUGCGCAGCUGAUACUGAGGGCCCAGCUCUGAAGCCCGGGGGCGAUCAGCAGCAGGAGGAGGAGGAGGAGGAGGAAGAUCAAGGGGACUCCCAAGUGAUGAGAAGUUGAGGGAACCCUGAAGUUGCACCCCCUUGCUUGCUUCCUCCUCCAGCCCGGAGGCAGCAGCCGAGCUCCGCAUCAGGUACAGCGGCUGAUAGCGGAAGAGACACCAAGGGGAGCGAAGGGAAUCUGCUGCUUCUCCCGGACCGGCCGCCGCCUCCGCAGCGGAUUUGGAAAAGAGCAGCAAACGCCCAUUGCGUUUAAAGGGGACGGGCGGAACAUCGCCGCGGGCUAGACGCUCCCCAACCCUCUCUGACGCUUCCUCUUCUCGCCCCCAUUUCCGAGGCAAAGGCAGGGGAUCAGGUCCUGCAGUGAGGUAAGGAAGCGGAGGAGCUUUGCAGGGAACCGCGGCGGCUGCCUCUUGGCGCUGGCAAGAGAAGGGGGUGCUGAAGGUGAAACAGGCGUCGCUGCUGGAGAAGAGGGGUUGGGCAGGUGGGAAAGUUGGCCGGCGGGGCGGGCGCACGCCCGGGGAGCGGGUUGUGUGCGUGCGCGCGCGCCUGCCUGCGAGCCCGCACUUGGCCACGAGGGCUGGGGAGGGUCGCCGAGGGGAGACGGAAGCCGGGGGCAAGGGUGGAGUCGACGCCGCGCUGGGAAGCUGAAGGGCGCGGGUAGCUUAGGAACCUCAGGUGGAGACAGAGCAUCACGUGUGUGCUGUGGAGGGAGAAGGGGUGGGUGGGAGUUGUGGACACACAGCUUAGUAUCCCAGUCCGGGGGGUGUGUAUGUGUGUGUUUUGCUCUCUCUCCCUAUGUGUGUGUGUAGAGAGAGGGGAGCGCGCGCCCAGGCAAGAGUUUGUAUCUAUUAGGUGUCCCCGCGCGCGUCUGUCUCCUUCCACUCCGGGAGUUUGUGUAUACAGUAUAUGUACAGUAUGUAUAUAUAUGCGCGCGCGUGUCUCGGGCGAGGAAGUUGGCCGGAGGGCGCCGAGGAGGACUAGGAGAGGGCUGCUUCUGAGAGGAGCCUCGUCCAAAUCCUCGCCCGCUCUUUUCUUCCUCCUGCAGAAACUUUCAACUCAUUUCCCCAGCCGCAGACUCCUUCUCCCCACGCAACUGAACUCCCGGCUGCCCUUGGCUGGCGGGACGGUGCCCGACGCCCCCUGAGGGAGGAGCCUGAGGCGCAGCGAGAGGGGUUAAGCCCGGGGCCCCGUGGGAAGGAGGCAUCAAGGAUAGGGGGUCGUGGGGGUGGGAAGGGGGAAGGGGUUGCUUCCAGAAAAAAGGGGUUUUUUGUGUCUGGGGAAGUAAGUUGGAAGUUUCUGGAGGAGGAAGAAAAGAACGGGUGAGGAUUUGGACGAAAGAGUACAUUAAGGGAAGUAGAGGCAGGCUGUGCACAUGGCUGCAGGAGGGCAGGCUUUAUGUGUUUUGGGGGGGGCAGAAUUGAGCUAUCUGCCAUGUGGUUGGCUAGUUAAGUAUUAUUUAUUUGUUCGUUUGUUUGAUGGGGGGAGCAGCUGCCCUCCCCGCCCCCUUUGGUUAUGCCCAUGGUUGUGCAUCCAACAGCCCGCUGGAGGGGGGGGAUGAGGGGCUUUGUUUUAAAAAGUGCUUCAGUAUCAUUGGGGAGGGAAAGAGGCUGGUCUCCCAGGAACAACAAAACUUAGUGCCAUUGCCAUGAACAGAUGGGGUGGAGCUCCUAGACCUGGAAGUAGAGCUUAUUUCUAGGGCCUCUAUACGUUGUGUUUGGGAUAUGUAAUGCCAGUAGAAGAAGAAAGAAAGAGGGUGUGGGGAGCCUCUCUUGGGCAGCAGGCCAAGCAGGCUUGUAUGGAAGUGAGAUCAGUAGCUCAGAAGCAUGGUGGGGUGGACUAGAGGGCUUAUUUGAACUUGCUAGGAGCAGGUCCAGUAUUGCAGGCAGGAGUUGAAAGUGUUCUGGGGGGAUUAUAGACAGUUGUCAUUGGAGGGGAUAUGCAUACAGAAAGGGCAUAGGCAGUGCUAUUUCUCUAGAAAAAGAAGUGCUGGAACUCACUAUGAAUGCCUCCCUUGUUGUCUUACAAUGGUAAUGGCUCCCACCUGAGAGGUGCCAGAACUGAGUUCUGGCUGAAAAAAGCCCUGGGCAUUGGAAUAUAGGGAAUUAACUAGUGCUGAGCUGCACUGCUCCCCUGAUCUGAUUAAGAAGGGUAGAAUGGAAGGUGUAUCUGAAAAAAAACUGAAUGGCACAAACUCAAAUGUGUAUUGUUAGGCUGAACACACCUGGCUUGUAGAGAGAGAGGUGAUGCUUCAUGUGGGAACCGACGAUGGGUCCUUGACAAAAUGCUAGUGGAGUCUCAGCUAUAUACGGUAUUUGGAAAAGGAACAGACUGUGUGGAAUAAUAAUAAUACAGGACAGGUACCAUCUAGAUACAGUCUACUCUAAAGAAGAAGAAUAGUGUGUUGCAAAGGCUUUAGGAGAACUAAAAUCCCAGGUACAGCUUGACUUUGCUCAUUUGCUUCUGCUGCACCACUGCAGUAAGCACCUCCUCUCCAUCUGUUCCAAUGCUACCGCUUCUUCACAUUAUUUGUCCUUCUUAGAACCGUAAUGCCACAAUCCUUGCCAGUCAUGCAAAGCGUUCAUUAUUUUUGUAUAGGAGCUGUGAAACUGAAGUAUUUAAAUGACAAAAUGCCUUUUAAUACAAUAUGCCUACUUGUACUUUUAUCACUGUUUAAAAACUAAUUUUGUGUAGAUAUUGGUAGAUACAGAUUCAUUUUGUUGUGACAUUGAAAGUGAAGUAUUCAAUUUUGUUUGAAUAUAUUUAGGCACUGGCAUAAAAAUGAAUACAGUAAAUAGCCAAAGAAAUAAUUAAAUACAAUAGGAACAUAUAGCUCUUCAAUUUGCUUAAGCAAUCUUUUUUCUGAUUAAAAUAUUUUGGCUGCUAACUUGUCCUUCCAUACAGUACGCAAUUAAGUUCAACCAAAACUAUCUCACAAAUGAAAAAGGAUUGCAGAUUUCUUGAUAGACCCCUCCAGUGAUGGUUGCUAGACAUUACUGGAUUAUGAUUGGUUUAAAAAAUUGGAAUUUAUAUUAGUCAAAAUAGAAAUAGUGGCAUAACAUAAUCAUUUAUUUUUAAUGUACCACAUUCGUAUCCUCUAUCUUUCCUCCAAAGAUACUGCCAAAUGCUAUCUUGACAAGCACCCUGUGCGGUUGCGUAGCCUGAGAAAUAGUGACUGGCACAAGGUCAAUUUGUGGCUAUCUGGAAUUACAUCUCUCCAGUCCUACAGAACAAUGCUAACCACGCCCUGAGGGAUGAUGAGAAUUGCAGAUCCACUGCCACACCUGAAUCCCUUCUGGCUUCUGCUGUUCAGGGUAGACCGUGGGACAGGCUAUUCUCUUGAGAUUUUGCUGUACCAGUUUCAGGCUGGCACAGUAGAGAAUAUUUUUAUAUAUGAUCAACCACAUAUAAAGGGGAGGUAGAUAUUACUUCAAGGAAAAGUAAACAUUCUUCUUGACUCAUCCUGAUGUUUGAGCAGAUAAAUAGGCACAGAACGCGACAGAUUUGCCAGUUACCUUGUUUUAGUGGUGCAGCCAGGAAAAAUGAAACUAAGCUUGAGAUAAUAAUGUGUAUUUAUUCCUAUACUUGAUAAUGUGGUGAACCAGUCAUGCUGCAUGGGGGAGGGCAUGCACGUUUUGCUGGAUAGGACUAGGAACUUCUGCCCAAAGUCCUGCCCUGAAGGCACCACUGCCCUACACCAGCACUUUGGGUAGAGGUUAUGCAUUUUUGUACAUUAAUGGAGCUCCCUCUUCCAAACCUUGAUGAAGGUUAAUGUUUUACUCAAGCUAUGCAAUCCAGAGAAAUAGGAGUAAGCCAUAGCACGGCUUGACAAAGGACGUUGGCAUAAAUUAGCAAAAUAAGGUGACAUUGAAUUGGGAGAAUUUGUUUCGGGACAAGUCUGGUGGAAGUCAAGGAGCGGGUGUUUGGUAAUGGGGCUUGGUUAAAAUGGAAGAAAUGCUGGGGGUGAAUGAUGUUUGGGGAGGCGAAUGAGGUUUGGGCUAAGUGAGAAUGGGGGGGGGAGUGAAGGGGAGGAGGCCAUGCUGUUGGAAAUACUGGGGUGCCAUAAAAGGAAAAGGUUAUUGGUCCUACCUUUUGCCUUUUAGCUCACAUGUGACUGCUCCUCAGGAGCUCAGAGUUUCAGCUAUAUAUACAUUUUAAAUGGGUCUGUGUAAGUAGGCCAGAAGUCAUGAAGGGUCAAUAGUUGUUACGAGAUUUUUUUUUAAAAAACCAGCUAUACUAGUCACAACAAAUGUUCUAGCCACAAUUUAUAGUCAUACCUCGAGUUGAAUGUGCUUCGGGUUGAGUGUGUUCGAGUUGCGCGUUACUUCCGGGUUUCGCUGCUCGCGCAGAUGCUCAAAAUCAUGUCACGUGCGUGCGCGGAAGUGGUGAAACGCAGCACGUGCAGACGCAUCGUCACGUCUUGCGUUCCAUUCGGGAUGCGAACGGGGCUCCGGAACGGAUCCCGUUCGCAUCCCAAGGUACCACUGUAUUGAAAUCUGAAGAGGUGAAGCAAUUUCUUUAUUCUUGCACACAAUCCUUCAUACUCACUGAUGAUACCCCCAACUCUAAAAUGUGAAAUGACACUGCUGAUAAAGUGAGAAACAGUGAUUGGGUGGGUGCCUCAAGUGAGGAAAAAUGAAGGGGCUGAGUUGUAUAAUAAAAAUUGGGAAAGAGGCAUGGAAAGAAAGGUGUAGAAAUAGGAUUACAGAUUUAUCAGGCUUCUUGGGGAGUGCCCAUCAUCUUCAUGCAAAAUGGAAGUGGGAAGAAGCCAGGGGAUUUGGAAAGAGCCAAUAAUUUUUUAUUGCUUAACUAUGCGUGGUGUAAACAAAUGCCUGUACACUUCUAAACAGCCUCCCAUCCAAUUGUGAUAAUGAGCAUCUCCAAACACAAAAUGAGGGGGUGGCUGAUUUUUGGGGUUAUGAAAUGCAGCAAGUUGUUAGGUAAGUUAGUAUUAUUGUAAUAUUACUACCUGGGGCAAGUACUUGUGGGAUUUGGGGGGCGGGUACCAUGUACCUGGGACGCGGGUGGCACUGUGGGUUAAACCAUAGAGCCUAGGACUUGCCGAUCAGAAGGUCAACGGUUCGAAUCCCCUCGACGGGGUGAGCUCCCGUUGCUCGGUCCCUGCUCCUGCCAACCUAGCAGUUCGAAAGCACGUCAAAGUGCAAGUAGAUAAAUAGGUACCACUCCAGCGGGAAGGUAAACGGCGUUUCCGUGCGCUGCUCUGGUUCGCCAGAAGCAGCUUAGUCAUGCUGGCCACAUGACCUGGAAGCUGUAUGCCGGCUCCCUCGGCCAGUAAAGUGAGAUGAGCGCCGCAACCCCAGAGUCGGCCACGACUGGACCUUUACCUUACCAUGUACCUUGACUUGAGUGGUGGGAUCAGCAUUUGCUGUUUUGCCUCAGAUAUCAUCAUGUCUUCGGCUGGGCCAGACUAGACAGGACAAAGCUUUACAAAAGUUAAAUCUGCCUAAUUUGGAGCCACAAAUUAUUAUUAGAUAUAUAAGCAAUCAGCCUAGUAAUUUUUUUCCACAGACUAGUAAAUUUUGCAUACUUAUUGACAAGUCAUAUGUCAACUUUAUAUGUUCUGAAGCUACUUUCAGUGUUCACCAGUUUAGCAGAGAGGGUCAGAUUUGAUGAAGUGAACAUGCAUGGGGGUCGACCGAAGUUGCUGAGCUUUUUUAAGGAUUUUACCUCAGGACAUAUACUGCCAUGGGGCCUGGAUUAAAUCGACUGGCGGGCCGGAUUAGGCCCCCCAAAAUGGACUUUGGACAUGCCCAGCAUAAGGCUGUCAGUUAUAAUGGUUAUGCAACUGUCUGCAGAGGCAGCAUGUUGCUGUAUACCAGUUGCUAUUGCAUUAAUAUCCUGAUUUUGGGCUUCUCAUAGGGGCCACGGUUGGAAACAACAUGCUGGAUUAAGCAGGUUUUUGAUCUGCCAGGAGGGCUCUCCUUAUUUAAUUUGUGUUAACAAAUUCUCAUAUACAGCAAAACCUUGACUUGUGUGCAUUUAUGGUAAUUUGUAUGUAUUUAGCUUUACACGUGUGGCAAAUAUUUGAAAAAAAUAAAAAUAACAAGGGUAUGGAAAUGGGACAGGGUUCCAGGAAAAAUUACUUUGGUAAUCCCACCUGUCAUUAAGCCCAAUGUGUUUUGGCUAUACGCAAUUUUGGCUUUAGGUGGUAUCCCUGGAGCAUAACCCCCACUUAAGUUGUAGCCUUAGUGUACUAAAAUUUGGACUGUUUUUAUUCUUUCCACAUUGUUUAUGGAUCUAUCUAACAUAGCCCCAUUAGUCACUCUUUUUCUUAUGAGAAAGUUUCUCCAAACCCUUGACCGUUUAAAUUGUCCAUUUGGUACCAAUUUUCAGCUAUAUUCCAGUGCCUCUUUCUGGCUAUGGUGCUGGUUUGUGAGCUACAGGCAGUGCUGGGCAGAGCUUACUUGGCUACAAUACUCCAUGCUCUCUUUUUUUUUAAUAUAAUUUUUAUUGAACUUUCACUUUAAACAAUAAACAAUAAUUUCCAAUAUGCGCCUACCAAUCUCAUUCCCUACUGCUCUGCCAAGUUUGACUUCCCUCCAUCCCGCCAACAAGCUUUCCCUUUUCAAAUCUAUAUCUCACAGUUUAGUCUUAUAUUAUAAAGUCUACAUCGUAGGAUUUAUUUCAAUCCUGCUAGUGUCUUCAAACUUCUACAGCUAUUAUUUAUAUAGUCAAUAAAUUUACUCCAGUCUCUUUGGAAUUUUAGAUCCAUACUCCAUACUCUUUUAACUUCCAGGCUGGACUGCUGCAAGGCACUCUACGUGUGGCUGCCCUUGAUGAUUGGGAAAUCUGGCCCAAAAUGCAGUGACUGUGUCACUGAUCAGGUAGACUGUUUGGAGCACAUAUAAUUGGGUUUUAAAACAGCUGCUCUGGUUGCCAGUUUGUUUCCAGGCCUAAUUCAAGAUGUUCAUAUUGAUGUUUAAAGCUAUAAACAACUUAGGCCUCAAAUGUCUGAAAUGCGCCAUCUAUUCCAACAGACCCCAUCAGGUGUUAAAAACAGGAAAGAAGCUCUCUUGAUAGGUUCCACCACCCUCUGAAGUGUGGUGAAUGGCAAUGCAGGAGAAGGCUUUCUUUGUGGUAACUCCUAAAUUGUGGAACUCCUUUCGCCACAGACGUGUGCCUAGCAGUUUCAUUAUACAGCUUCCAUUGUAUGCUGGGGUCAUGUGUCUUUACCUUGGCCUUUGGCAGUUGAGGAAUCUUUGUGGGACCCACCUCUUCUGUUUUGUUUAAUCUAUACAGAGCUGCUUUUGUCUGGUUUUGCUUUACAAUUGUAUAAGCUGUUUAACUUGCUUUUAAAGGAUAUGAAAUUUUACGAUCAGAUAACUUAAUAAGUAUGACUGUGUAAGCAGAACUGCAAACAAUACUUUAAAUAUGUCUGCACAAUAAAUUUAUUUAGCUGCAGUAUGAUACUUUUUCUGAUAUUCUUUCUAAUAAUUUCUGACCUAGAGUUUCUUUUUUUCGGUCUUGCAACAACCUGAUGUUCAUUUGUAUAUUCCUGUAGAGUUAGUGUCAAGAGGGUCACUUUCUCUUGUCUUUUCCCCCCUUGCAGCUCUGGUAAAAUCUAGAUCAGAGUUUGUGAGCAUCAUUCAGGUGGUCUGCGGCAUGUCUGUGGAAAUACAAUUAAAAAUCAUACAGAAUUUAACGCAGCACAUUACAAUAAAAUCCUAGGCAAUUUUCAAGUAGUCUGGUGGAGGGAGGGGGGGAGUUUAGGAACCACUCGUCUAGAUGAAGGAACCACAGGGGGGAAAAAUGCUGUUCUUCAAGGGCAUCAUCCAUGUGGGGCUGUGGGGGCUGAGCCCCCCAAUUUUAAAUGAGGGGGCUGGCCCGCCUCAGUAUUCAAUAGCCCACACCAUGAAAGGAGGCCUGAUGGGGCAUGUCAUGCCCUCCAAAUGGCCUGCUGUGGCUGUGAUGGGCUAUGUCGGCCCCUCCUACUGAAGCGGAGCCUGUCACAGCCGCAGGAGGGCCCGUCAGGCCUCUUUCCACAGUGUGAAGUCAUGUGCGUGCCAGGCCCCCACAAUGUUAGACAGAACCCUGUGCAUCUGGUGUUCUUUAUCACACAAAUGUCACAUUCCGUUUUGGGGCAAAUUUGCAAGGAAGUUGUUCCCACCGAACUGGAGUAAAGUAUCAAUCCACCUAAAAAAACCUGGUCGAUUUUUGAAUUAACUCUCCUUGUCCCCCACACUGAGUACAUGGGAGGUUUAGUAUAUGUAUUUCUAAUAUAUCCUGAUCCAGACAUUUGUCAGCACCUGUCUGUUUAAACUUUAAAAGCUUCUCUUUACUUUUUUUGACACCAAGUGCUCUCAGUCUGUGUCAAUAUAGUUCAGGUGGAGACUUCUUGGCUUCAUAAAUUACUUUGAGGUUUGUUUAUUUUUACAGUCAAGCAUUAUAUAAAUUUUAUGAAGUAAAAUAAAUAUAAUGCAUUUCUUAUUAUUGGACAAAUCUAAAUUAUUCCUUCUAAUACGUUUACACAGGCAUCCCCAAACUCAGCCCUCCAGGUGUUUAGGGACUACAACUCCCAUCAUCCCUAGGUAACGAGACCAGUGGUCAGGGAUGAUGGGAAUUGUAGUCCCAAAACAUCUGGAGGGCCGAGUUUGGGGAUGCCUGCGUUUACACAUCCAUGCAAAGUUUUCAGAAACCCCCCUUAUCACCUACAUGGGUUAUCUUUCUGCAAGCUGAGAUAGUAGAGCAGGCUUCCUCAACCUCAGCCCUCCAGAUGUUUUGAGACUACACUUCCCAUCACCCCUGACCACUGGUCCUGCUAGCUAGGGAUCAUGGAAGUUGUAGGCCAAAAACAACAACUACCAGACUUUUAGAAGCCAUCUGAAGGCAGCCCUGUUUAGGGAAGCUUUUAAUGUUUGAUGUAUUAGAGUAUUUUAAUUUAUUUAUUUUUUGAAGCCGCCCAGAGUGGCUGAGGAAGCCCAGCCAGAUGGGCGGGGUACAAAUAAUAAAUUAUUAUUAUUAUCUUUUUGCGUAGAAUUGUUUGUGGUUAUCCUUCAGUAGAUGCCCCCACCCACAGAUGCUAUGGUUUAAAACACGCUUCCUCAACCUCGGCCCUCCAUAUGUUUUUGGCCUACAACUCCCAUGAGCCCUAGCUAGCAGGACCAGUGGUCAGGGAUGAUGGGAAUUGUAGUCUCAAAACAUCUGGAGGGCCGAGUUUGAGGAAGCCUGGUUUAAAAUUAGGAAAUUUAAUUCAUACUGUCCACUGGUUUGUAUCACAUGGAAUCAUACUGAAGAGCUUGACGCUUCCUUUUAUAAGGUUGGAAAGACUUUUAACCACAAGCCUGUCGUGCUUCCACCUGUCAAUGUUUCGUGAGAAAUAUUGCCUUGGAACUCUGCGUUAUAAGAGACAGUAUAAAUUAGCAGUAAAAAGAUGAAGCCGGCAAGAUUAACUCUUAAAAUAUGUUACCUUCUCAAGUAAUCUGAGAUUCAAGUCCUCCGGCCCUCUAGAGGGAGAUGAAGCAUGCAUGCCUUUAUCUGCAGUUUUUCCUCAUUUUAACAUGACAGUUUGUCAGCCUGCCCUAGAUGGAAAUCUGUAAAGGCCUUAGGUAGGCCUUCAUCUUUCUGAAGCCCUGGAGUGUCCUGUUCAUUUAUGUAUGUUUCUUCUCCUCUGGAACCUUCAGCGCAAGCUGAUUGCUUUCCAUUUCUUCACUAUUUCUGGUUGUAUAUUUGCUUACAGACUGCAUGUUAGAUGGUUCCUUUGUCUCCCUCUCCUGUACCGGAUAUUCUCUCAGAGGGAUUUUCUAUUAGGGAUCUGUUCCUCCGGCAAUGCUGCUUUGUAACACACUGCAGGCCUCAGCAGGUAAAAAGAUGGUGAUUAUGCUCAUAUGUUUUCCGUUCAACUUUCAGAUUAUGCUUGUUCUACUCUUUAGGAAACCGUGAAUUGAAAUCUGCGGCCAGUUUAUUUAAGAAAGAUAGCGGAAAUGCUUUGAUGGUAGCGAUAUAAGAUAAAUUUUAUAUAACCACAUAUUGGGCAAAAUUGAUGUUAGUGGAAAAUAAUAGUAAACUCAAGUAAGCUCUCAAGUGAGAUAAAAGGGGGGAGGGUAUUCCUGUUCCUUUGUAUUUCUUAUGAUCUUUAAAAACUCAUCUAUAAGAAACUGCAUUCAAGAUUAAGUUCUUUGAUUUCUUUAGAAAGACCUAUUAAUGGAGACAUUUCAAAAGUUCAGAUAUUCAAAAAGACACUGCUGUGGAAAUAUAGGAAUAAGGAAAUGUUAUUAGCUAUAGGGUUUAUGGUGCCAUAAGCUUUGUCAGAUGUAUGUAUGAAGGGUAAUAGGGAGGAUUAUAUAAUUUCAUUGUGUGAUUAACUUGUCUUUUGGAAAACGAAGGAAAUCAGGUUUUUAGACAUUCAGCAAUGAAAAAAUAUAUAUAUUACUCCUGACUUGUGUUCAAAGAGGUAUAUUGCUCUAUAACUUAGAGCAGGAUUACUAAUGUUUAAAAUACCGCAUGGCUUAUGUUGUUGUUUUUUCUCAUCCUAAAAAGUGACCUUCAGUGUCAGCACUAGUGCAGAUUCAUAUGCUAAUUUAUUGUGGACUCUUGACUGCACUUGGAUAAAACAGAAUGCCUGGCAAAACUUCUUGCUGCAGUCCUGGGCUUAUUUUAUACAAAUGUAUAAUAAGGUUAAUUGUGCAGUACAGAUAUGUGCUAUAUGUUUAAGUGGCAAAACUGAUAAAAGUUGUGUUACAUAGGUGUAUAGGCUACUGGGAGAAUCAUUUAGCAAUAUAUCUCUGAUUUCCCCCAAAUGUUUUCCACAGUAAUUUUUUUAUUAUCAAAUCAGUGAAAUUUAUUAUUUACUUUGAAACUUAGAUCAACUUUGAUUUUUACAUUGUGGAUUAUGAUGAAGCAGGAAAAUCAGAAAAUGCCUUAUACCAGAUCAGACCAUUGACCCAUCCAGCUGGCUAUUGUUUACACUGAGUAGCAAUUGCUCCCCAGGGUUUCGGUAAAAGGUAACGGUACCCCUGACCAUUAGGUCCAGUUGUGGCCGACUCUGGGGUUGCGGCGCUCAUCUCGCUUUAUUGGCCGAAGGAGCUGGCGUACAGCUUCCGGGUCAUGUGGCCAGCAUGACUAAGCCGCUUCUGGCGAACCACAGCAGUACACGGAAAUGCCGUUUACCUUCCCUCUGGAGCGGUACCUAUUUAUCUACUUGCACUUUGACGUGCUUUCAAACUGCAAGGUUGGCAGGAGCAGGGACCGAGCAACGGGAGCUCAUCCCGUCGCGGGAAUUCGAACCGCUGACCUUCUGAUCAGCAAGUCCUAGGCUCUGUGGUUUAACCCACAGCACUACCCGUGUCCCCCAGGGUUUCGGGGGGGUGCAUAAAUAUGGGAUCUUUCGUGUGCAUAGCAUAUGCUCUACUACUGAGUUAUCCCCCAUAAAAGUGAGAGGGAAUGCACAGAGCAAGCAGUGUAAGAACAUUCCUACAGAAGAAACUGCAACUUGCAAUAUAGACCCCUGGUUUUGCAAAUACUCAUAUUUUUAUUUCAUGAAAAAAACCUUUUGAAAUCAGUUGAAUUCCUAACAGUAGCACAGUAAGGCUGUUUUAUAAUAUUAGGCAUACCAUUUGUAAAAAUGAGUGAUUCUGCAAUAUAUUUAUUAACUUCAGUUCUAGUCUGCCCAUCUAUGUAGAUCAUAGGGCAGAGUAAGAGUACAAGUAGUAUAUAUUUUUAUGUGGCCAGGAACAGUAUGUAAAACCCUAAGUGUUUCCACCCACAAAGUUGUGUUCUGCAAGUUCACUGCUUUAACUAAACUGCAUAGAAUUCUUAAUCAGUCAGACAGCAGAAGACAUGUUUACAAUUAUGUAUGGAACAGAGUAGUCUACAAAUGCAAAUAUUUUUGCUCUUCUCUCAAAAACCCUAUUCAGAUGACCAAUGAAUAAACAGAAGGGGGGUGGAAUCAGCAUCCAUGUCUGUGGGGUCACUGUCACCUCUUCUAAUGUUCUUUAUAGAGUGUCUCUGUGUUGUUCAAGUUGCACAACAACUUUGGCAAAACGAACAAACCAGUUAGACCAAUGUUCAUUAUGUCGAAUACCUUACGUAAUUCGGCUUUCUGCUUAUCAUACACUAUAUUAGUAGCCUAGAUUGCUUUCUAUGUAGCCAGGAAUAAAGGACUCUUAAACUCUUCCUUAUGGAAAGCUCUGUGUUAUUCAAAACAAUUAUACCAACUGAAGCUGUUCUUCCAAAACUUACUGUUGUGCCUAUUUUAUAUACCUUGGAGGCAAAACAUGAUCAGGAUGUUCCCUGCAGAACAAUUUGAAAUCACUGCCUGAGUUCAUAAAGGCCCUGGAGCAUCAUAAAUGGCACAUUUGGCUAAUCACCUUCCUCUUUCUCUGACCUAAUUGCAUAACUGAAGCCUAUUGGCUGGAACUGUUCAGAAAUGGCUUUCUUGAUUUCAAACCACCACAUUCUAACUGAAAUUCCAACACAAACAGGGGAUGGUCUCUUGAUUGAGGGAACUUGAUAAUUGAGCUGGCUCUUGGGUCAGACGGGGGUCUUUCUGGAGAACUAUCAAGAUCUUUAUUUCGCAGGCAAAGAAAGUAAAGUAAAAGGAGUAGGAUAGAAAGUAAACAGUUGCUGGUGUGUGUGGCACUGUCUCUGAGGUGGUGGUACCUAUAACUUUGUAUGCCUUACUGUCUCAGCUUCAGGGAUGUUUCCAUAGCACAGUCGUCGGUGUCUGACAAUGAAGUAGAGUCGCUAAACUAUUAUAACUAAUUAACUGCUUAUUUGGAUUGGAAUGGCGUUUUCAAGAGGUUAAAGACAUAUUAAUUAAGCAGAUAAUGUGCUAAGAGUCCUGCCCUGCUUUGCUAUCUCUUAUGAUGUAACAAGUAAUUUAAAACCUCCUGGUAACAUGAUGAGUGAGACUGAGGCUGUAAAGAUUGCUGAGCUGCUGGCACUAAAGUGCUGCUAAUUGGUUUGAAGAGCCUCUCUUUAGCCAUGACUUUUUCUUCUUGCUGAAGAGACUUAAACUGCUCAGGAAGGAGCGAAGUGAACUGAACAAAGAAAGAUAUGAGGUAACGUGUUUAACAGUGUUUUCCCUAUUUCCCCUGACUUUUUCACCUGUGGCUGAAAUAUCAGAGAGAUUAAUGUCCUUAUAUAUUGUAAUUUGGUCAAUUCUUCUAUUGAGAUUAGAGAUAUUUAAUGAUUGGCAGAAAUGCAGGUCAUACCUAUCUGAGUUUACUUGGAAGUAAGUCCCACUGGUUUCAGUGGGGCUUAUAUAGAGAGAAGUGUGUAAAGGACUGCUGUUUAUUUUUGAUGUUUCUAGUAUUUUCUGAGUUCAUAAAGGAGUUUUCAAACACUUCACCUUAUUAAAGGUACUGUAGGUAAAAUGUACCCCAUAGAGAGAGGUAGUAAAUGACCAACUUCUGAUUGGUAUGAGAAUUGAGCUUUAGCAUGUUAGAAAUAAUGGGUUGUAAAGCUGUGUUUAUCCAUUUUGCUUCCCAGUACUGAUUUGCUUUAACAUCUCAUUUAGGGAAGGGGGGGGUGCGAAUUAGAUGCAAGAGCCACUGUUUCAUUUUUAUAAGCAUGUGGAACUUUCCUCAUCCACAGAAGAGUUGAAUUUUAAAAUGAAAAAGGGUGUAUGGGCAAGGAGGGUAGAACCCUCUCCCUGCAGACAGCUGAAAUCCCAUUCUGGAAUUGUUGUUAUCUGGGUGAAAAGAGGCAAUGGGGACAUUAGUUGUAGGAUUGGUUCUGUCUGCCCUGCUUGCUUUUAAAGUAGUUUCAUAGUUCUGGGGCUACAGACCGUAAUGACUAUCUGGUGGAUCAGUAAGACCUAUAGAUGAUAUUGUUAAGGAUGUACUCAUUGGAAAGCUGGCUUGCUUUAGAAUUAUGUCUACAAUCUACAAACCCUAUGUGUUGUGCUGACAUAAUUCCGUGUCCAGUAUCAGCACAAACAAACUGCUAGUCAGCUCUCGCAAAUUCUAAGCAAUCCUAGAAGCCAUGGCCUGGAAAAACCACAGGCCAGUCACAGAGCCUCUGCCAUGAGCUGCAAUAAUGUAAUACCCACAUUCCACUCAAAACUAAGGACAGCUCAGGGCCAACCCAUUUCUAUCAGCAGGAGGGGAAUAGGUAGAUUUUGCACAGUGUUUAGGCCAUGCAGUAGUUUGGCUCAUAGUUGUGCCUGUGAUUGCAAGGGAUAGGUUGCUUGAGUGUUUUGGAAACGUGUGUAUACCUGUAGUGCGGUGCAAUUGUAAAACACGCUGUAAAAAGUGUACCUUUUCUUCUCUUACAUUAUAGGCUUUAAGCUCUACUUCAUCAAUACCAUAAAAUCUUUGGUUUCUAUACAGAGCUUGCCUAUAUUAGUUAACUAUGUUUGAAUGUACAGCUUGAAUGUACAGGUUCAACAGCAUAAGCUGUGUAAAGUGGGUGUCCUUGGACAUUGUGCUUGCAUGAAUCUUGUUGCAUCUGUUUGAACGAGGUCACAGCUAAAAAUGUAAGACAAACCUGCUUGAUUAGGCCAAUGGCCUAUCUAGCCCAACAUCUUGGUUGACCGGAUGCCUGUGGGAAGCCCCCAAGUGGGACAUGAGUGAAAAGCAUUCUGUGUGCCUUCAAUUCCAAGAAACUGGUAUUUAGGGGCAUACUGCCUCUGACAUUGGAAGCAGUACAUGGCCAUCAUGGCUAGUAGCCAUCAUAGCCUUGUCUAUGACUGUAUCCAUGCCAUGCAUAAUUUUAUAAACCUUUAUCAUGUUUCCUCUCACUCACUUUUGCUUUAAAUGAAAAAGACCCAAAUGCUGCAAUCUUUCCUCAUGGUAGAGUUGUUUCAUCCCUUUGAUCAUUUUGAUUGCCCUUUACUGAACCUUUUCCAACUCUCUACUUAAGUCUUACAGUUCAUGGUAAGACUUAAAGGAGAAACUUGUGCAAGCGUGGACGUGCAGAUUAGCCUAUAGGACAGCCCUUAUGGAAGGUUACAUGUUGACCCAACUGGUCUGCCUUUUCUUUCCCCUGCUGUUUUUUUCUUUUGGAGCAGGGAAGAGGAUUGCCAGUACCAGGCAAGUUCAUCUUCCAUUUAUGGUUUUUAAUAAAUAGAUUUAAUUCUGAAUGCUUAAAAAAAAGUGAAUUACAAGUAUUUAUACCACACCCCUUAAGCCUAAAAUGGUUUCCAGGGUGUCUUACAAUGUAAAAACCAACAGCUGAAAACAUAGGUGGGUCACUUUUUCUUGAGAGCUGCAUUCCUGGCCAUAAUCUAUGGCCCCAACCAAUAAUAUAUUAGUGGGGCCAUAGAUGGCCAGGGACAAGCUGGAAGGUAAAUAAUGUUUUUAUGGGGUUUGACUGCUGGCCCUGUCUCCACUGUAAUAGUUUUGUGCUGUUUCUAUGAAAUCAUGAUUAUCAUAAGUGGAAGAAAUCAUAUUCCAAAGACAGUGGCAGAUAGGGCCACCUCAUAUUUUUCUUUCUUUCUCUCGAUCCUUCCCUUCCCAACAUAAAUUAUGUUCCUGCACAGCAUGUAGGCUUAGAAAACCCUUCCCACUUGCUGCAACUCCCCCCCAAAUUUCCUGCUGGAUAGCAUGCAUAGUGGGAGUGGGGGUGGGGGUAAAAGGUCACAUUGGCACCACUGAGAGCAUCUUCUGCCCCCCCACCCCCGGCAAUCCUACUUGGUGGGAAAGCAAGACUGAGAUUUCUAGAUUUUUUUGUAGUGUAGGGACAGUUUCUAUAACUCUGCAAGGUCUCAGCCAAAGCAACAUGCUGAACUAAAUCUCUGUUAUUCUUUUAUUUGGCUUCUUAUGUUUUAACUGUUUGUUGAGCCCUACCCUGCAGAGCUAAAGCAGAAGCUUAGUUUAUUUGAUAGGCUGUUAGAAUGGUUAAAGUUUAACUAUAUGGUGUUUACACAGUUUUGUUUUGGUUUCCACAGCCAUUAUGCAUUCUAUCUUGUACUAGUAUGAGCUUGUAUCUAUACAUAGCUAAGUUUUGCUCUAGGUGUGUUUUGUCUAAUAUAAGUGGUUUUGGACCAAGCCUGCCCUAUGGGUCUCCUCCCAAAUGCAUACCACAAUCCCAAUACAUAGCAGUCAUGAAAUACAUCUCCUUCAUCCCAUGCAAAUCAUGAAAGAAAAGCUUCUGUUUUCAUUCUGAGAGUACAUUUUCUGCAUUUUUGAAAUAACAUUACAGUAUGGCUCCACUGGGUCUUUUUUGCUGUACCUUAAACAUACACUGUUUUUGCAGUUUUUGUUUAACAUAAUAGCCAGCCUGAGAAAGAGUCCUUCAAAGCUAUUUUAUAACCUUUUGGUUAAAAAAAGGUGUUAUCCUGUUGCUGUUUUUUUAAAAACUUAUUAUUCUAGUGGAUGAGCACAGCUGGAAGCAUUUCAUAAAUAGAUCAGUUCUGUCUUAAGCCUUAUUUUUUUAAUCUUCAUCAUUAAAAAAUCAUGAAUUAUUUCCCCAAAGUCAUUUUCUCCAGGUGGCUUAACUUUUCUGGCACCCUGGAAGUGCGGCGUAUACUUCACUGAAAGUUGUGCAGUUGGUUUUUUUUAAAAAAAAUGCAAUAAGAUAAGCAGUAGUACUUCAUACUUUUCCAAAGCAUUUAUAUAUAUAUUUUCGGAUGCAACACUUGACAAAGAUUUUUUUUUCUGAUGUUGUGAUGUGAAGUAAGCAUUUGAUCUCAUAUACAUUUUGCUUCUGCACAUUCUUCAAGCAGCACUGGCUCCUACUGUCCCUGAGAUAAAGAUUUCCUUGACCAUUAUGGUGUUUGUCCAUAUCACUUGCUCUCUUACCCUUCUGCUUUUAUCACAUAUCAAACUACAAGUUCCACUUUAACUGCAAAUGCACACUGCCUCAUCCAGAAACUCAGAAUGUUGCUUCUGCUUUAACACUUCAAAAAAAUCUCCCAGAAUUUGUAUAAUAAGUAUAAAUAUGCAAGGAAGUAAGUUUCAAGCACACUCUCAGCAAAGGAAUAGGCAGUGUGGUGCCUGUGGGUACCUUUGCACCUGCCAGUAGCUCCUAUAGCUCCUUUGAGAAUGUUUCAGUUCAGAAGGGACACAUAGGUAAUCUUGAAAGGGUUGCCCAUCUUUUAGUUCCAGCACUGUCUGCAGACCAUGGUGUGAGAUCUGUGACGUACAUUACACUAAAUUUAAUGAAUUAAUAUGUUUCAAGGGAAGUGCAUGACUCUUCCUAUUGAUUUUAAUUGAUGUGAUAAUAAGGGAGUGGCUGCUUACUUACACUGUAAUCACACAUAAUAUCUUCUACCCAGUGGAGUUCUUCUGAAUGAGAGGAAGCACUAUUACAGAAGGCGUUAUGGCCAAUUAAAUGAUAAUAAGGGAGUGGCUGCUUACUUACACUGUAAUCACACAUAAUAUCUUCUACCCAGUGGAGUUCUUCUGAAUGAGAGGAAGCACUAUUACAGAAGGCGUUAUGGCCAAUUAAAAUGAUAGAGGCUUUCUGGGAAAUAUGUAACAAUUGGGUGCUUGCAUAAAAUGUUGGGUUUGUUACUAUUGAGGACUUUCUUGGAAGUUGCGCCCUCCCUGUGGAACGCCUUCCCGUUACAUGUAAAGGAAAUAACUAUGUUUUUAAUUACUGGAAUUUUUAAUUAUUGGAACAUUAUUGACUAAUGUUUCUAAUUAUUGGAAGCUGGCCCAGAGUGGCUGGGGCAACCCAGUCAUAUGGGAGGCAUGUAAAUUCUUCUUCUUCUUCUUCUUCUUACCUGGGCUUUCUAUAGAUUUGUGCUUAUGUUAAUUUUAGGAAUAAAAAAUGAGGGUUGAAAAGUUUAAUUUGUGUUUUAAAUAAUGAAAUGUAUGAUUAAUUGAUCACAGGGGCAGUUGUAACUAGAAAAUAUACAUAUUCUGGUUUGUUUGUAAUACUAUACUAUUUUUCAUAUAAUUUGAAUUAGGUUAAAAGACAAAAUUAUGACACCACUUGGAGCAAAUUAUGUUAUUUAUAGAGGCAGUAGUUGCUAAUACAGUUUUUAUUAACUGAGGAUCAUAUUAAUUAUGUGUUAAUAGAAUGUGCUAUAUUGUGCAUAUAAUUUUAUUAAUGCACUGAAUUUUCAUUUUAAUAUUUUUCUACAAUUUGCCUAUUCAGAGAUGAGUUUUAUCUUGUGGUCUGUUGAAAUAGCCUCUAUUGUGUUGUGCUAUGAGUUCACACGGUUCUUAACUGCAUCAGCGGUGGGUAGUAUUUUGGUACCAUACAGGUGACUGCAAACUCAUGGUUCUGGGCAGUUUUCAGACUUGAUACUUAUGUGUUGUAUUUAAGCUGAUUGCAUUGACUGACAUUAACUAUUAAUACUUUCUGUGAUUCUCCCAUCUAUUUAUCUCUUGAAAGUUGCACUUAGUGUUAAAUAAGAUGGAGCAGGCCCUGUGAAAUCAUACGUGACUGAUGUUGGAGUGACUUGUGCCCCAUAAAAUGACUUGUGAAAUCUUGUGACUUUGUGGUGCAGAGUCCAGAAAAGUUCUGAUGGAGAGUGAAACAAAUGCUCCACCAAAAUUCCAGAGGACAGGGAAGCAUCCAGAAGGGAUUCUACAAUUUACUCUUGCUGUAUGAAAGGAGCCUAGCACAGCAUGUAGUUUUUCCGUGUGCUCAGAGGACAGUGAAAUUGGCCAUCUCCUAAUUCUUGGCUGUGGAGAAGUCAAUGGGAGGCCUAGUGCAUCAGAAGUUCUUCAGUGACUGCACCCGGCAUGCAGGGAGCCUUGGAAAAGACAAGAGGAGUCCUGGGAUGUCUCCCAGGCAGCACUUGGGCUCACUUCAUCUGUUGAGGUUUAUUUCAUGUCAAGCAAGCAGCUACAUUGAGCACUGGCCAUUUAGUGGUCUGAAGACCUCCAGGCAUAGUGGGGAGAUGUAAUUCUGGAAUGGGCCAAAAAGCGUCAAGUCUUGGGUCCUCUCUGGAAAUGCAUCUAACCCAAUUGGGUAACUAGACCUUUGCCCCAUCUCUUGUUCAGGGUGCAUUGUUUACAUGAUAUAAUAAUGAACAAUGUGAUGUUGGAGUUUAAAAUAUCAGAUAGUUCACAUUGUUACUGGGCAGUGUUUAUUUUUUAUGUUCUGAAUAACAUAUGUUGAAGUAAUUCUUUUUGUUUGUCAUUUCAGCUAUGAAGUCUUACAUUCCAUUUUUCAUUCUUCUUUGGAGCGCUGUCGGAAUCUCAAGGGCUGCCAAAAUCGUUAUUGUGCCGCCAAUUAUGUUUGAAAGCCAUCUGUAUAUUUUCAAGACCCUGGCCUCAGCCUUGCACGAGCAAGGCCACCAAACAGUUUUCCUUCUGUCUGAGGGCAGAGACAUCCCUCCAUCUAAUCACUAUAGACUGCAGCGUUACCCAGGAAUCUUUAAUACCAGCACCUCAGAUGAGUUUCUUCAAUCCAAAAUGAGGAGUAUAUUUUCUGGGAGACUAACAGCCCUGGAACUGUUUGACAUUCUGGAACACUAUUCCAAGAAUUGUGACAUGAUUGUAGGCAACAAGAAGCUCCUGCAUGCCCUGAAACAGGAAAAAUUUGACCUCCUGCUAGUGGAUCCUAAUGAAAUGUGUGGAUUUGUUAUUGCUCAUCUUUUAGGGAUUAAAUACGCGGUUUUUUCCACUGGACUUUGGUAUCCAGCAGAAGUAGGUGCUCCAUCACCUUUAGCAUAUGUUCCAGAAUUUAAUUCACUUCUCACAGAUCAUAUGAACUUGCUAGAGAGGCUUAAGAACACUGUUGUAUACCUGGUUUCAAGAUUUGGAGUCAACUUUUUGGUUCUGCCAAAAUACGAAAGGAUAAUGCAGAAGUACAAUGUACAGCCAGCAAGGUCCAUGUAUGACUUGGUUCAUGAUUCUAGCCUGUGGAUGCUGUGUACUGAUGUAGCACUAGAGUUUCCAAGACCCACCCUUCCAAAUGUUGUGUAUGUGGGAGGAAUCCUUACCAGACCAGCCAAUCCUCUACCAGAAGUAAGGUUUGCAAAGUUUUUUUUGUUUUUGUUUUUUACCUUUAUGUAUGAUGAUUUCGUAUAAUUACUGUUUUAUACUCUGUUUUUAAGCUUACUAAUAUUUUUCUGUGGCUUCUCAAGAUCACAGAACGGGCGUAUUUUGUAAUAAGGUUUCAUAUGCUCACUUAUUUCUAGGACUAGUGCACAGAUUGCUAGACUUUUUCAGCCUGAGGGCUGCAUUCAAGGUUAGCCAACCCUUUUAAGGGCUGCAUAGGGGGCACAUACAAAUAGCACACAUACAGCACAUGCACUCACACAAAUUUACUGGCACACAGUGUUCCAUUUUUACGUUCUGAGCAUGAUUUAAAUUCACUGACUUGAAAGUAUUUGCAUUGCCUUUCUAGAAUCAGGUCUGUGAAACCGAUUCUAGAUGAAAGCCAACAGCUUUAAAUUAAGAAAAAGCUAAGCAACCAUUUUAAUUAUCUGGUAGAGGCAAGUAGUGGUUGCUUAAGUCAAUAUUGCAGAGGGCCUUUUCAGUAGUGGUGCCCACCCUGUGGAACGCCCUCCCACCAGAUGUCAAAGAGAUAAACAACUUCCUGACAUUUAGAAGACAUCUGAAGGCAGCCCUGUUCAGGGAAGUUUUAAAUGUGUGACAUUUUGAUGUAUUUUUAAUCCUUGUUGGAAGCCGCCCAGAGUGGCUGGGGAAGCCAGAUGGGUGGGGUACAAAUAAUAACUUCUUCUUAUUAUUAUUAUACAGAUGACUAGUUCCCUUCAUCUUCAGACUUCUACUUCUGAUGUAGAUUAAAUACUUCUGACUCUACGAAGUUGCUAAUUCUUUUUGGUACUUAUUUUUAAUUAAGGAAUUAUGUCAGUUUAAUCUCCUAAGUGAGAAACUAGCCAACAUCCAGGUAUACAGCAGAAAUGUGCAAUCUUGUCUCUGAGGCUGCAGAUGGCAGAGCCUGGUGGAUUGGGGACUGCAUAGAUAGAAAUGCAUGCACACAGGCAGGCAGAGUGCACAAAAUGCCUAUUUCCGUUCUGAUUAGCAGCAAAGGAACGGAUAUUUUCUCCGCUGCCCAGCUGAUGGCUCAUUGGCUGGGUAGUGGGGAAAGAUGGGCAUGGAUCCCCAAGGCUUUGUGGAGCAUACAGAGAGCAGCAGCAGCAGGGUUUGGAUAGCCUACAUAUGGUAGACAGUGAGUCUAUGAAAGAGUAGUGAUUUAAAUGCCACAGUCCACAGUUACUUUAGCUGUACACAAGGGUUUGCAUGCUCCCAAAUGGACUUGAGGUUUUUGAACUAAAGAAUUCAACAUCUUAAAUUCCCAAAAGGGUUUGAGAACUAAUUCGAGUUGGUUCAGGCUUGCAAAAACAUUUUCAAGGGGCUAUCCUGUCCUGUUCUGUUCUUUGUACACACUCUUCUUCUCUCUCCACUCUGAAUGAUUCUUCAUUGUUCCCCCCACCCCACCCGCCAAUAUGCCUGUCCUCUUUAUCAUGUGUACUUUAUUCCUUUCUCCAUCCCAUCUGAAUGGCAGCUGCUGGUCUUCUGCCCUCUGAUUCUUCAGGUAUUAUUAGUGGUGGUUUCCCACUGCGUAUUUUGUUCCAAUUUUAUCUUGGGGAAGUUUUGUUAUUUGGUAAUACUGCUCUUUAGGGAGAGUUUUGGGUUUUGUGACUGUGUAAUGCAUUGUACACGUUAUCCCUUGAGAGUCCUGAUUUAAACAUUUAGUGCUAGUAUAAUCUGUGGAACCCAGAGUAAAUAGGAAUACUCUUGUAGAUAAUUCUCACAAUUCUCAUUAUUUAUUUAUUUUUUAUUUCAUAAAAUUUAUACCCUCUUUAAUUGUAGAAAAAACCUCAAAGCAGGUUAUGAAAAUAAAAGAAUAAAAUUAUCACCAAAAAAUUUACACCCAUAAUUUGAAAUAUGCGGAAAGUUAAAACCACAGCAGAUUAGACUAAAACAAAUGAACAAAUUUGUUACUAACAAAUUCAUACUAACUUUCUAAGCAUCUGGGUAGGCUUGUCUAAAUAAGAAUGUUUCCAGCAGGCACCAAAAUAGAAUGUUAAAAUUAUGAUUAGGAAAAGUAGAAAAGAGGCAUAAAGAAUGAAGGAAAAUGCAGCCACCCAAAUUUUAGCUAAAAGACUAUAAUCCUAUCUCUACGUAUAUGGAAGUAAGCCUCAUUGAACUUGGUCAUAGAAAGAGUAUCAGUGUGUUCAGCAUUAUUCUCAGCAUCAACUCACUCAUUUUUAAUAGGAUAUUUUGGUAUGAAACAUUUUAGCUGAAUAAUCUUUAUGCAUAUGCAUAAAAAGCUAUUUUUGUUCAGUUUAAGUAAUAUGGAGAGUUGCUCAGAUUUGUUCUGUACGUGAUGGUUGUUCUGUUCGUCUUACCUUCUGAAUUAAGUACAGUGAUCAAUUUUCAGUGGGGUUUUUUCCUUAAAAAAUUGCAUGUUAUGAAUGCAAGCCUAAUGAAAUCACACACACAUACAUUUGUGCUGUAACUUUAUGUGCAUUUGCACUCGUGUGAAUUGGUGACCUGUAUGAGGGAAAAUAGUUUAAACUGAAAACUGACAAAUCUCCGCCCUUUCUCAAAGUCUGGAAGUCAUGAACUGAGGAUUGAAGCAUUGCUUGCCGGUAGUGCAUAUGAGUUUGUAUGCACCUGUGGACGAAGUCCAGCUCAGGCAUGAGAGAGACUCUCUUGCUUCCUUCUUCAUUCUCUUUGUAUGAAAGAAGAGUCAUUUUAAGACAGUACUAGCAGCUGUCUCCCAGAAAAAGUUUUCAGGAAGGAACAGAAAGUACCACUUCUUUCCUCUCAAGAAAACAUGGUAAGAAAGGAGAAAGUGCUUCCCCUCUCCCCCUGUUUGUGCAUUUAUAGGACGUUGCAGUAGUGACACACUACUUGUAUGUUCUGCAAAAUAGCAAAUAUCUCUCCAUUCCCUGAGACCUUUGCAAAUGCAGAGGACUUGGACUUUAGAGAAGGUGUCAGUAGUGACCACAAUAAUGAGUUUUGAUAGGAAGCAAAGUGAAAAUUUGUGGUAUUCUGUGGAUUAACUGAGCACUAUCACUUUGCAAAGAAGAUUAAAUUAUUUUGUAACCUUUCAUAAUGCUUUCAGCUUGGUAAAAACUGCCUUGCGAAACAUUUUUGCAUAAAUAAAGGCGUGAGUUUUAUGCAGCUAAAUCUAUUCAGAUGCUUAUUUAUGUUGUUUAUCACUGCAAUUAAACUUGUAAAACUGUUUGGAAGAUGCCUGUUCUGAGUUUCUUCUACAGAAUUAUACUUAAAUAACAUAGUUACACAGGUAGGUAGCCAUGUUGGUCUGCCGUAGUCGAAACAAACAAACAAAAAAAUUCCUUCCAGCAGCACCUUAAGAAAUGUGCUUAAGAAAUGUGCUUAAGAAAUGUGAAAUGUUUCUUGUUAGAUAGUCAGUUUUUCUUUUUCUCAAAAAUCCUGGUGAUUAGGUUAUCUGGUAGAAUUUCAUAGAUGGAAGUUCAUAGAUGGAAAGCAUUUACAGGGAUAAUGAGAACUGUCUUUUACUGAGCCAGGCUCAGUUUUCUCUUGGUCAGUAUUGUGUACCCUGACUGGAAAUGGCUUUUCCAAAUGGGGCCUUUCCUACUUGGAGAUGCUGUGGAUUGAACCUGAGAUCUUUUGCAAGGAAAGCAUGUGUGCUCUGCCACUGAUCUACAGCCAUUCUGCCUACCCCAUUGCAGCUCAGGGAGAAUAAGUUGUAAUGUUGAGUAAUGAAAUGUAAUUUUAAUUGUUAUUGUUGUAUCAUGAACAAUAAUUUAAGAACCUGUAGUUCAUUCCUCCCUGACUUUAAACUAAUCUCCUUCAUUUCUAAGGGGAGGAGCUCUUACUAUUGUAUCACUGCUUUGAAUGAAAUGCAUAUUUCAUAUUGGUAGUGAUGCUUCUUUUGAGCUAAGAACUGCCAGUUUUAGGUAGAGAAUGCGACAGAAUGCUCCCCCAAAUAAGAAGCUAUUUGCAUGUAGAAAAAUGAAUGUUGGGGAUUCAAGUAGGGAUUUCUGUUACCAGUGAACAAUACAAUUCUGAGUAGUUUUGGAAUUAGUUUUACCGCAUGAAGAGCCACUGAUCUGUAUUUGGCUCAAUUCAUGCAAAUUUAAAGCGAUGAUAUGAAAUUUGGAAAUAUUGCCCAAACUAUUGUGAAUUGGUUUUCAGGUGUUUGUGAAUUAAUCCUUGAUCUAAUUUCACUAGCUGCUGGUGUUUAGAAUUUGGGCAGUCAGGUUUCUUUUUCCGCUGAUGGUUAUACUUGUAACAGCUAUACAGUGGUCCCUCGGGUUAAGAACUUAAUUCGUUCCGGAGGUCCAUUCUUAACCUGAAACUGUUCUUAACCUGAAGCACCACUUUAGCUAAUGGGGCCUCCCGCUGCCGCUGUGCUGCCGCCGCACAAUUUCUGUUCUCAUCCUGAAGCAAAGUUCUUAACCCGAGGUACUAUUUCUGGGUUAGCGGAGUCUGUAACCUGAAGCAUCUGUAACCUGAAGCGUCUAACCCAAGGUACCACUGUAGUAGAUUUGGGACACACUGUGCAGAGGUUAGCAGGGAGGAGGCUGUGCUGUCCUACACCUCUCUCCUUGCUUUCUCCAGCAAUGGUGGUCUCACAGUUAGAGGCUGACCCAGAAAUGGGGCACUCUCGCCAUUUGGCAAGUGAAGGGAGCAAGGAAGGCGGGGGGUUAGCUCACUUCUCCUUUGACAGCACUGCAAAUUGGAGCGGCACUCACUGUUGCUUCUGGCAGGCACAGUAUGUGCACGAGAGCUCUAAAUAUGAGUAGAGGACAUCAGUAAUUGGAAGACAUUGAAGCAGCCAUUUUCAGAUAAAUUCUGUAUCUCAAUUCAGAGUUGCAUUUUCGUGCAUUGCUUCCAUUGUCAACUAUAACUAGCAAUGUGGAAAGUCACUCAUACACACUUUUUAAAAAGAAGUACUUUCUCUCUCCCCCCCACCCCCCAAAGUUAAGUCUAGAUUGCAUUUUUGACAGUGUCAGACCUAGUUCAAGGAGGUGUUUCUUAAAAUUGGUUAUACUCCAUAUUGAUGCUAGGGCUAGGGCUGAAGGAGGCUAGAUAUUUGGAUUAAAGCAAAAUGUGGGGAAACUUUUCAUAGAGGUGCUGAUAAAGUUCUCCAGGCUUGGACGCCUAACACAGGAUUUUACAAGCUCUCUGAGGCUCAUCUUAAAAGGGAGGUGAGCUUUAUGAACUCCAAAAUUAUUUUCUAUGAGAUUAAGAGAUUCCUAGUUUACUCACCCAGUGAUUUCCCAAACCCAUUCCCAUCUUUCUAUUUAAAUUACAUUUAAUGGGGUGGCUAGAAAGGAGCACCAGUGAUGAUUAGCCGGAAUGUAAUGAAUGAUAUUUUGUAUUAAGGAGAGAGGUAAGGGACUCCCCCCACCCCCAUUUUUUCUGGUGUACUGCUAGCAUGCUGUUGAAGCCACUGUGCCCUUCCAUCCUAUCACUUGAGCAGUUUGCCAGAGGGAAUGGAAGAAGUGAUCUGAUUCCCCUUUUUACCUUUAGUUUAUCUCUGACAUGCUUCUUGACAAGAGUAACUUUAAAAGGAAAGGGUUGCGGGGCUGCUGAUUUAUUAAUUUAUUGUAAAAAAAACCCCUCAAAGUGGUUUUCAAAAAGACAAAACAAUAAAAUGCAGAAUAGUUGAAUGAUUUCCAAAGUUAGAUUGCCUUGAAAAAUUAGCUUCUUAUUGGUGCGGUAUUAAGAACUGUGAGGUUGUCACUUCAGACAGUGCCAAGAUUAUUAUUUUUAUAUUUUCUGUUUCUGUUUCUUAUAUGCUUUCCUGAUCAUGGGUUUUCUAUUUGGAAAUGGACGCGCACAUGUUUCUAAGAUUUGUAAUGUAAGAAGAAGUAGACUAUUUGUUAGACCCUAAUUUUGAGAGCACAUCCUUCUUAGAUAAAAGUUGUAGCAGCAACAUGUACCAUCAUGUUGAGGUGCUUUGAAACUCCAUUGCUCAUACAAAUGUUACAGACAUUGGAUAGACUUAGUAUAUAUUCUCAGACUGAUUUAAGAAUUAUUUUUAUAGAUUUAUGUGAAACAUUGCAUCUAAAAAUUAUUAUUUUUAAGCAAAUGCAUUCUCCUAGAAUAUCCUCCACUGAUUUUCCAGAAAGCAUUUAUGAUGGGGUAAAAGCUUUUUAAAUGUAGCCUUUUAUAUAGUAUUUGUAACAAAACUUCAAUAAACUUAAUUUUACCUACUAAUAAGGUAGCUCAUCUUUCAGUUUUUUUCUAAAUAAUUAUUUUAUAAAUUAUGUAUUCAUGGCUUGUACAGUAACAUCAUCAAGAUAUAUUUUUGUGAAUUGAUGAUUGCUCACAAAAGUCUUGGGCAAAUAGGCGCUGAUGCUUCUGCAUAUUUGAUUCCAACAGCUGAACAGGGAGAGAGCUGCAGACACUGAAACCAAGUUAUGUUUGUAUUUAUGUGUUUUGUUUAUCUGAAACAAAGCUCAGUAUUAGGCACCACUGGUUACUGCCAGCUGGGACCUCACACUAUAGUCACAGCUGUGCAGAAUAGCUAGCUAGAAAAACCAAAGAGAACAAAGAUCACACAGUACUGUAAAUACAAUACCAUAUCUGUCUGAUAUCUUGUCUUUUUUAUAUAAAUACUAAAAGCAAAACUGCAGGGAGCACUUUAGUAGUGCUAAUUCACACGCUUGAAACCCUCUCCUAAAGUGUAUGACCUUCCAUAAGAAUAUGAAUUCAUGUGAUUUGACAUAAUGUUUUGUCCUUGCAACAGUUUCCUAAAUGGAACCUGAUUUUUUGGAAAUGUAGCUGAAGUUUAGGUUUAAAAUAUAGCUAAUACUCAUUUCCAGAUUAGAACCUGCUCUGAAGAAAGAUCUGUGUAUGCAGAAUGGUACUAACUUAAUAGCCCAUGUUUCUGUUUCGUUAGUGAAAUGUUAUCAGUGUUAGGAGGCAUGUCCACUAAUCAACUUAACUCAGUUCCAUUGCUGAUAGGGAUAAAAUAUAGUUUGAUAUGAUUCUUACCUUAGAACAAUAUUCUGGAUUUUAAUUCAAAUGACUUUGAUGGAACUUUUGACCAGGGCAACAUCCACAUUUCCCUUCUUUCCCUUCUUUGUGGUACCCUUUCAAAUCCAUUUCAGAUUUAUGAGACCAGUUCUGAUGGGCACGAUUGAAACAAAAAUGUCAGGUAGGUAAUAUAGAUGUAAAAGUGCCAAUAACUAGGCCUUUGGUUGGUCUGUUUGACAUCCUAUAUCCUUUUAAAAUGCGGCUCUUUUUGGGGUGUGUGUGUGUGUGUUAUUGGGUUGUUGUUUUUAUUCUGAUUAUAUAUGUUGUGAUCUUUUCUGUGAACUGCCCUGAGACCUCCGGGUAUAGGGUGUUAUAUAAACUCAAUAAAUUGGUAAUAAUAAUACUAAUAAUAAUAAGGCAUGAAAAGGAAUAUAAGUUGCCUUCAUACUGCCCUGGGCUUUCUGAAGUGAAGACUAAAAUAAAGAUCAAAGGCCUGCAGCCAAAGAUUUGACUGAGAAGUUCCAUCAGUAUAUGAAAUUGAGUCCCCAUUAGGAGCAGUCACUUCUUAGGAUUCCCUGGGCCCAGCCACCAACCUACAAAAUUUCCCUCACAGGGAGGUGGGGUUUGGGAUGGGUUGAUUGGGUGGAGGAACUUGUAAGGCCACAGUUCACCUCCAGUCUUCACAGGAGCAAGUUGCCCACUUGAAGCUUUCCGUGGUGCUGUCCUGCUAUAGGCAUUCGGAAUAUCUAGCCUUGUACUACUGUUAGAGGAAGAUGAGCACGUGCCAGUCAGUUCUGCCUUCUAGCUGUCAUCAUACAUAUUCCGUUGGUUACAAGGUUUCACUUACAUAAAUACAAUACAUUUUAGAUGGACCUCACCUGUGAUUUUACAAUUGGAGUUUUUUAUAUAGUGCUUCUGCUGUGUAAGGUGCUUUGCAGAGUGCAGGAGGGCAGUUCCUGCCCUAUAAUUUGACACAGGAGAGUGGUAAGGAGUGGCAAGUUGGUGGAAAAGGAGAAGCAAAUGUCAUUUGAAGACAUGUACAGGGAAAUCAGAAUGAGGAGAGGAGGAUGUAAGGCUGUGGAGGACUUUCAGCAUAAGAACAAGAAAUUUGUGCUGGAUUCAGGAGUGGGCAGGAAGUCAGUAUAGAGAUUUGAAAAGGGGCAGAACAGGCAUCAUGGCUAGUAUCCAUGAAAGAGGUGAAUGGUUUUGUCUGUAAAGUGCUGGGGGGGGGGGGACGGAGAAGCCUCCAAUAAGUCAACGGAAGAUCAUAAAAGCAAAUAUUGUAGAAUUUAGUUCAAGAGCUGACUGUAAUAUGAACUGGAGUUUUCACCAAGGGAAUAGAGAGGAAGGGCCAAAUUUUUGCCAUGCUGUAAACACAGAAGCAUUGUGACUUCACAGCAAAAUAUAGGGGAGAAAAGAGACAGAUAAAAGGUUUGUGUCUAUACAGCAGGGUGACAGGAGACAUUGUCGACUAAUAAGUAGAAAGUACAAUGAGAGAAGGGCAUGGGUGGAAAAACCAGAAAUUCAGAGUUGGCUAUGCUAAGACAUUAAAGCAUUCAAGGAGAAAUAUCAGGUGGGGAUACAGGAGUGGAUGAAGGCGUAAAAGUAUCAGGUAGAGAGAUGUGAAACUGGAUAUUGUCAUUGUAAUGGGAUGGGAUUUGAUAAGGUCUCACAGAGACUGUGUGAAGAGAGAAAGGCCAAGAAUAUAUGGCUCUCCAGUGGAGAGAGGAAGCACUUCCACUGUGGAAAUACUGAAGGAAUAAGGUUGGAGUGGAAUCAGCUUAGGAUAAAGUCAUGGCUAAAGAAAUCAAGUGUAUGGAAGGCAGCAGUGAAUUGAAGAUGGAUGAGACAGAGGCAUUCUGAUGUGUAAGUGAUUUUAAUGAGGGUGAUUUCAGUGACCUGCAGAGGGUGGAAGCCAGACUGGAGACAGUCAAGAUCCAAGUAGUCUGAAGAAGAAGUUAAUGCAACAUGCUCUAGUAAUUGAAGGAUAGGCCAAACAACAGUUUCUUGAGGAAAGGGGAGAGAGUACUGUUUUUGAAUACUGCAGGAAACAAUCAAGAAGGGGUUGAUAAUAUGACAAAGAGGAAGAAUAGCAGUGCUGCGGGGGGGGGUGUAUACAAUUUGGAGUUGGUAGGAAAAUAAUAAAAGGUGCACAUGGAAGGGUUAGAUGAGUCAAUUCAAGGGAGAUGGGGAUGUUGCAGGAGGUGUAGGAAUAUGGAAACCUCAAAGAUUUCUAUCCUUAAAUUAGAAAAUAUGUUGACUUCACUAAGGGCUUGUGAAAAUUCUAGGACCAAAAAACCCCCAAUCUGCCUCAGAUGAAGUGUCAGUCAGUAAGUGAAAAACAUUCUGUAACUUUCAGAUAUUUGGGUUCUUUUAGCAUUAUUUUAUUCUUGGUUAUUGAUUUACCUCAAAAGGUCUUUCCUUGUGUGAUGCGCUAAUCUUUGCUACUGAAUAAAGUAAAUAAAGUUUACGUUAUGCAAGCAUAUAAUUAAUCACUUAUUCUACUGGCAUUACCCCAAAGUUUCAAGUAUGUACAGUGGUGCCUCGCAAGACGAAAUUAAUCCGUUCCGCGAGAGUCUUCGUCUAGCGGUUUUUUCGUCUUGCGAAGCAAGCCCAUUGACGGAUUAGCGCUAUUAGCGCUAUUAGCGGUUUAGCGGCUAUUAAAGGCUUAGGGGAUUAGCUGCUAAAAGGCUAUUAAAGGCUAUUAAAAGCUUAGCAGAUUAGAUAAAGGGGGGGGAAAGCGAAAAAAAAAUCUCAAGACUCGCAAGGUAUUUUCGUCUUGCGAAGCAAGCCCAUAGGGGAAUUCGUCCUGCGAAGCAACUUCAAAACGGAAAACCCUUUCGUCUAGCGGUUUUUCCGUCUUGCGAGGCAUUCGUCUUGCGGGGCACCACUGUACAGUAUUGUUGCAUCAGAUCUCCUAUGAGUGAUUUGGCUGACCUUGUGCUGGAAUAUGAGAGGCAAAGUUCACGUCUUGGGGUUUUCCAAUUACAUGUAAAAAUGUGUGGGCCUUGUAUUAUUCUAGUGAUUGUAAUAUUCUGGAUUAUAUUUGUACUAUUUUAAAAAACUCUGCUCAGAGUGCUGAAAAUUUAAAAGUCUUCAGGAACAAUCUAUGUAAAUUUGUAUUACCUCCAAAGUUCAGGCUGUAGAUGAAAAGCUAAGAAAGAGUCGCUUGCCUAGUGCUUCCAGUUAACUUAAUGGCUAAGGCCUUCUGGGUCAUAGCUCAUGUAUUUCACUGUCCUGCCACAUCCGUCCACAAGAUGGCCCACACUGCAAGACUUAGAGGUUGCAAUCAUACAUAUGGCCAAGAGUAGCAGUCCCUGCUAUGACUGCAUCUCCCUCAAGACUUCUUCAGCCAGGCACAGGGGUGCCAAUUUGAAUAAAAUAUUAGAGGGGCACAUGUAAGCCCUGCCCCACAUAAUAGAUCAUCAUGGUACGAUGCACGCACACAAUUUGAAUGGCAAUGCCCAUAAACUUGGGUGGGGCUCCUCCCUCAAAUAUUUUAUGGGGGGGCUGAAGACCCCUCCUAUAGGAGUUGGCUCCUAUGGCCAAGCAUGUGUCUCUUGGCCCCCAUCUUUGCAAACUGCCAACCUGCCUGCUUUCCCUGUAAAAAAGUGCUGCUUCCUCUUUCAGCUGGAGAAAAAGUGGAGAGGAAAAGGGGUUGAUCCUGAAUUGCUUGGCGAUUGAGUCACCAUUUGACCACAGCCACACAGCUGAGACAUUCUUGGCUCAAUUUACACUCUCCUUAUGAAACAGGUCAUUUUUUUUUUUACAGUUACAGACAAUAAACUGUGAUUCAGCAGUUGAAUCCAUUCCUGAAAGUCAUAGUGGUAUUUUCAUGUUAGAAGUGACUUUCAGAACUGUAAGACUCAUUUGAUUAUUAAAAGAUAGAUUAAGACAUAGGGCUUUUGCAUUAAGUGCAUUAGGCACAAUCUAUACAUUACCCUGCAUACCAAGAUAGUGUAUGAAUCCUUGGUGCAACUGAUCAGCCCCGGGAGGAUGCUCAGAUGUCCGGUGUAUAUGCCAGUUUGUGGUUCCAUUUCCACCUUAGUCAUGAGAUGCCUCGAGCUAUGGGCAGCAAUAGGAGAGCCUCAAAAAAAGUCUAGUAUGCUCAUGGUUUUGAUUGUGCAGGAUCCUCCUGACUUAUGGGAUGAGGAGGAAGGACUUAACUAGUGACAUGCUCAGGCUACUUGAUUAAAAAAAAGGUAAAGGUAUCCCUGCCCGUACGGGCCAGUCUUGCCAGACUCUAGGGUUGUGCGCUCAUCGCACUCUAUAGGCCGGGAGCCAGCGCUGUCCGCAGACACUUCCGGGUCACGUGGCCAGCGUGACAAGCUGCAUCUGGCGAGCCAGCGCAGCACACGGAACGCCGUUUACCUUCCCGCUGGUAAGCGGUCCCUAUUUAUCUACUUGCACCCGGGGGUGCUUUCGAACUGCUAGAUUGGCAGGCGCUGGGACCGAACGACGGGAGCGCACCCCGCCGCGGGGAUUCGAACCGCCGACCAUGCGAUCGGCAAGUCCUAGGCGCUGAGGAUUUACCCACAGCGCCACCCGCGUCCCUACUUGAUUACUUCCUCCUUUUAUCCCAUCCUUGACUCCCUAAAUAUCGCAUACCCCGUAGGGGGUGAUGGAAAUCUAUUUCCCUUUGAGUAUCUAGUAAUUCCAUGGGCUGGGUUUCAAUUCUGCACUUGUUGCAUUUGUGCUUUCUGGAUUGUACUCACAGUUGUUGUUUUUAAUUAAUGAAAUAAUGAAUCUUCAACAUUUAUCAUAUGGAUUUGUUUUGACACUGUUUGAUGAUAAGGGAGCAUUUCCCUUUGUGGCAUAGUGUUUGCUAGCCAUGACAGCAAGCUCUUUAUUUUCUCAGGAUCUCCAAACAUGGGUGGAUGGUGCUAAUGAAAAAGGCUUUGUCCUUGUUUCAUUUGGAGCAGGAGUCAAAUACUUGUCAGAAGAUAUAGCACAUAAAUUGGCCCAUGCUCUGGCAAGACUUCCUCAACGAGUCAUUUGGAGGUAUGUAUAAUAGCACAAUAGCUUUGUCAAUAGGUUUAAAACAUUUAUGGAUAUCCAGGACCAAGUCCAGGCUACAUAAACACCAUGCAUUUAAAGCAUAUUGAAAGCACAUUUCUCGUUCAAACAAUCCUGGGAAUUGUAAUUUGUUUAGGGUUAUAGGAUUUGUGGUUCUGUGAAGGGUAAAUUGCACCUGCCUGCAUUUUUUUUGUGGGGUGGGGAUGUGCUUUGAAUGGAUGGUGUUUAUCAUCCCAAGUCUUGUCUAGGAGAGUGCAACACAGGCAGCAAAAAAUACAAAGGAGUGGCACCAUCUAUGCCAGGCGCAUUCACCCACCUUUCUGUACUACCUGCCCAUAGAACUUUUAAGUUGCAGUUCACAACAGGUGGGAAAGAAAUGUAGGCUAAGAAAAUAAGGUCCAAAUCAAGGGGGGGUGUCUAAAAAUGUAUUGCAAAUAUUACAUAGUUGUUUAAUUUGGAUUUUAACAGUCUUAUUUAUCAUCAGUGUGUUACAUUGCAUGAGCUUUCUUUAACUGAAAACUGACCUGAUGUAUUUGGCUUUUAGCCUAUUUGUGAAACUUUUAAAAUCCAUCCCCAGUGUACCUCAUUUGAUGCACCUGAUUUUCUGCCCUUGUCCUAACCCAGGGGCAGAGAACUCCACCCUCCCACGGGCCAUGUUAAACAAGUGGCCUGCCCCAGUCCUGCCAAUCAGAUGUUUGUGGUGCUUGCAGUCAGCCACUUUGAAAUCCUGACAAUGAGCUGAUGCUUCAAAGCGCCAUGCACAGCUAUCUGCAAAACACCAGCCAGUGGAUCUCCAGGGCUUCCAAAGAGCCACAAGGUCUUUGUGGGCACCAUCAACCAGCUGAUUGGCAGUGCCUGCAACUCCGAGUUUUUGGUCCAGCCACAACUUCAGCUGCCGCACACUUCAUGUAUUUAUUGUAUUUAUUUCAUAAGAUUUAUGUACCACUCAAAGCGGUUUACAAAAAAGAUAAAAAAGUAAAAUUAUCACUAGAAAAUUUACAAAAUUACAGAAAUUUAAAAACCACAAUGGAAGAGAGUAAAACAAAUUAAAACUCAUACAAACUUUCUAAAAAUCUGUGUAGGCUUGUCUAGUUAAGAAUAUCUUCAGGCACCAAAAAGAAUACAGUGAAGGCACCUGCCUAAUACCAGUAGGCAGGAAGUUCCAAAGUUUUGGUGCUGCCACACUAAAUGAUUGACUUCUUACAGGUGCGGUGCAAAUAUUAUGUGGCAACUAUAAAAUGCCUGUUCCUCCAAUUGAAGCAGUUGAUUGGGUGCAUAUGGGGAAAGGGGAUCUCAUGGGUAAACUGGUGUCAAGUUGUUAAGGGCAUUGUAUACUAAUGGUAACACCGUGAACUCAGCCUUUGAAGUACAUCGGUAAGCAGUGCAGACCUCUGAGCACAGGUGUUAACAUUCUGAGAAGGCUGCAACAUGUAUGAUGCCAGGUAUAGGACAGGUGUGUUUCACUUGGCCAAAACAGCCUCUUGGGUAGCCCUGGCAGGUGUAUUUUGGUCGGAGGUCCAGAAAUUGCCUACCCUUGUCCUAACACAUAAGCUAUGUGUUUCUAUUUUUAAUGAAUUGCAUACUGGAUUUUAAAUCCUUUGAUUUGCAAGUCAUUUGCACAGUAGAAAAGGAACUAGCAAAUUGUUCUAUAGAUCUUCCUUAGAAUGCAUUUUGAAACUGGCUUCUUCUCUCUGUGUUAGGUAUUCAGGGAAGAAACCUAGGAACUUGGGUAACAAUACAAAACUCAUAGAAUGGUUACCGCAGAAUGACUUACUGGGUAAGUAGAAUUGGAAGUGAUGUUUAGUUCUCUCUGCUCUUAAACACUAAAAUCCCAUUUUAUCUUAUUUGUAUAAUACAUUGGAUUUCUAGAUUUGGUAUUAUUAAAAACCAGGGUUCUGAUAACUCAAAUAGUGUUUCGGAAAGAUAUGUCCACUUUUUGUAUUACUUUUGGUUGUGAAUAUGGUUUUAUUUGUUUAUUAUUUAUCAUGUCAGUAUACCACCUUUUCCUCCAGGGAGAUCAGGGUGGUAUACGUGCUUCUCCGCCUCCCCAGUUUAUCCUAACAAUAACAGCCUUGUGAGGUAGUGACUGCCCCAGGGUCGCCCAGUGGGUUUCAUGACUUGAGUGGGGAUUUGAACCCUGGUCUCCCAGGUCUUAGUCCAACACACUAACCACUACACCACAUUGGCUCUUUUCUUUGCACUACCAAAGUUAUACUAAUGUUCUUAGUGGUACAUCAGCUAUAUUAUCGCUAAUAAUGUAGCAUUUAAGGGAGAUUGCCUCUCUUGGCAGUAUGUACACCUACUUAGCAUCUGCUCUGACCAUUGUUUGAAAAGUGAAGCCACUGAUGUUUUUAUUGCCCACACUUUGAAGCAUGAAGACAGAAUUUAGAUCUCAUGUGUAGUUCGAAAAGUGGCUUGGCAAGCAAUAGCUUGUUUCUGUGUUCUGCAGCCAUGAUAACAACACUUCCACAUGCACAUGUCACCUGCAGUGAAAAAGCACUUUUCCAAGGGAGAUGGGGAAGCCCUCCUAUUCCCAUUCUAAGUUUAUGCAAAUGCCUAUUUAUUAAGUACAUAGAUACGGUAUUUAUGAUAAGUUAAAGCUAACAUGAAACGUUUUCUUCCCUACACCUUUGCCUCUUGCCGCUUUAGGUCACUCUAAGAUUAAGGCCUUCCUGAGUCAUGGUGGUCUGAACAGCAUUUUUGAAACCAUGUACCACGGUGUACCUGUGGUGGGAAUUCCUCUUUUCGGAGAUCAUUAUGACACUAUGACCCGAGUGCAGGCCAAAGGCAUGGGAAUAUUACUAAACUGGAAGACUAUUACGGAGGAUGAAUUAUAUAAAGCACUAGUGAAAGUUAUUAAUGAUCCCAGGUAAGAUUCCUUUGCUAAGCUUCCACUAAUGUGGAAAAACAAGUCUAUAAAGUAGUUAUAGUAGCCAUAUGCAACUGCCCACUGAGUUUUAAUGGUUGAUAUUUUAUAGAUAUUUAUGAUUGUGUUGUAUAAUAUCAGAUGUAUUUUAUUUUAUAUUAUAAUGCCCUGGGCUCCUCUGAAGGAAGGGCAAAACAGAAAUGUAACAAUAUAAUAAAUAGAUUUCAUAGAUUCACCUGCAGAAAAUUACAUUCAGAGGUGAUGAAGCAAUUAAUUGGGGGAAUUGCAUAGAUGCAAUAUGCUGAAUUAGUUCUGUUUUUCCACUUCACAGCUACAGACAAAGGGCCCAGAAGCUGUCUGAAAUUCAUAAAGACCAACCAGGUCAUCCUGUUGAUCGAACAGUCUACUGGAUUAAUUACAUCCUUCGUCAUAAUGGAGCACAGCAUCUACGCGCUGCUGUUUUCACAGUCUCUUUAUAUCAGUAUUUCUUAUUGGAUAUUGCCGUUAUUGUACUGCUUGGUACUGCCUUACUCUGCUACGUUUUGGUCAGGAUAGCAAAAUUUAUCCGCAAGCAAAGCAAACAUCUUUGGUCCACUGAUGAACAUACUACCAUUAAUGGACAUUACCAAAAUGGGAUACCAAAUGGCAAGUAUAGAAGAAAUGGCCACAUUAAACAUGAAAAAAAGGUGAAAUGAGCCAACUGCCCAAUGUACAUUAGCAGCGAAUCAGUUCUAUAAUUGAAUUUUAUAGCUGUAACUUAGUCUAACACCUACUUAAAGCAAAACAAUAAACAGUUCUAACGCUCCCCUACAGUAUGUAAUCUUAUGCGAUUAAAUUUUGCAGAACUAAGGAAAAUCUUUAGAAAAAUGAAGCACAACCUAAAAUGCAAAAUGUAUUUUAUUCUUAAUACUGAUGCAAAAAGGUUAUUCUGGCACUGAAGUUUUUUUAGAAGCCUUAAUUCUCUGAAGUAAUUCAAUAAGUAUAUUUAUGACUUCUCCAUUUGUGAAUCUACAUGUGUGCGUCCCAGAUAAGGAAAGGUUCACUCUUACUUGGGAACUAUUCUUCCUUUUUUUCAUAUAUUCAUUCACAUUUUUCCAGAGAGAACUUUGUUUUGAUUCCUUGAAGUUUCACUAUGUUAUCUGGCAAUGAUGUUAAAGUCAUCUUUCCUGGUGUUUGGUAUAUAGCAGUGAACAAACUGCAGAAUCAUAAUGCAGCCAUAUAAAUCAUAUUCUUAAACGGCGCUGAAGAAUAUGAUAACAAAACACUAAUUUUGAUAUACGUCUUAACUCUUCCUUUCUCUUCCAUUUCUUUAGAGAAAAGGAAAUUGCACAAGAGUACCGUAAGCUUUAAUUUUAUAUUUAUGUAUAUUUUAUCUUCCUUCUUCACUUUCCACAUAUCCAUUAAUUUAUGCCAUUGUAAGGGUGUUGUUUUAUUUUUAUAAUUACAAGGGCUGUGUGGAUAGAUUAGAUAGAUUUAGAAAAACAAAUGAAGCAGAGGGGAAAGAAAAUCUGCCCCAGGCUCUUUGGAAAAGGUCUUGCCAUGUCCCUUGAGCAAUGCAGAAUCAAACCACCUUUGGGAUUUGUUACAAAGUUGAAUGUCUUUGCUUUUAUAUUAUUGCAAUUAAGUUCCCCACUCGCACCCCAGAGCCAUGGUGGUUCUGAGGUUCACUGUCAAUAGUUCUAUCUGUGUUCCUUCUGCUGGUCUGGGCCACACAAUCCAUGUUACAUAGUUGCCAACAUCAAUUCUCUGAAUAAAUUGGAGGCUAUCCUUUUUGUCAGUUACUGCUGUCUUUGUAGAGGUUUGAUAUCAUGCAUGACAUUGAACCUAGGAAACCUAGUUGGAAUGUUUGUCUCUGCCCACGCCCAUAGCUGCCCUUCUGCACAACACUUUCAAUCACUGUAGCCGAUACCAGACUUUUCUGGUUUUAAACAGAGAAUGGGAACAUAGGGCGUUGAGCAAAUAUCAGGAUGGUCCUAUUGAACCAGUGUUGGCAACUAUGAGUUUAUUAAUUUCCAUGUCAUUCUGUUUACUUGGAAUUUGCACUGCACAUGUUGUGAGUGUCCGCUGUAUUUAUUUGCAGUUUGAAAUCCCAUGUCUUAACAGCAGGGGGCUGGGGGCGGGAAGUCUCUACUGAGUGUUGUUCACUAACAUGGGAAGAGUUCUGAACAAAACAGAAUGCUAAAAAUCAUCUUCAUACACAGUGACAUGGCAUUCCAUUAUCAUCCCAUCAGGAGCCUCUAUCUUGUAGCAAUAAAGUAGCAUUGCAAAUGUGCUUCUAAUAUUCAGUACAGGACAGUUGUACUGCCUUUCCAAAUACUUGAAGAAAAAAUGAUAUUAUCAAUAAGUCUGUUAGCUUUAUCUUUUUACAAUCCUAUCAAUAUGUGGCAACUUAAAGGAACACAAAGAGGCAAUGAGUGUUGGGAAAGUGACAGGACCUAGAGUGUAUGAAUGAGUUGGUUUUAAUGUUUUUCUUAUUGAUGGUACACAAGCACUGACCGGAUGAUUAAGAAUAAUUUAAUCUCCACUGUGAUACAACUUAAGCAAUAAACAUGGAUUUAAUAUAGAAACAAAUGGUUGGAAGCACAUCUUUAUUCAAACACACUUGUCUGUUUAUGUGUAUACUUAACAGCUAUACCCUUUGUGUGCAUGGCUAAUAUCUGUUAGGUUUUAUAUUCUUGUGUGCGUAUGUUCUGUAUAUACACUCAGUCACACAUUACAUAACACAAUUGAAAAGAACAAAUACUCCUAUUUCUUCAUGCCUUUGGUCCACUGUCAGUUUAAUAAAAUGGGCUCACUUAAGCCUGCAACAUUGUGUUCUAGUACAGUGCAGUUUUUCAUCAUAUGGAAAUUCUUGGACAUUGCUCACUGUGUG